CAAAAAGCGGACAAGAGAAGGCGCGAAGUGGAGGAGGCAUUCAUCAAAACCACUCAUCAGCUGAGACAAGAAGCAGCACAGGCUCGACGUGAAGAGAAAACUCGGGAGCGAAAACAACGUCUAUUGGAGGAAGAAGAUCCCGAGAAACAAAGGCGUCUCGAGAAACUGGAAAUGAAACGAGAAGCGAAAGCAAAGCAACCGAAGAUGAAACAGCUCAAAGUUAAGAUGUGA